AUGAGGAGGAGCUCAGGGCUAUCCAAGAAGCAGAGGCCUCAGAGCAGAGGGUGUGAGUACCUGUGUUGCGGCUGCAGACUCAGCGUUUCCUCGUCGGAGGAGGAUGACGAGAGCGACGGUCUGGACCGGGUCGGAGCAAUCUCGAGCCUGGCACACGCCUUGGUUCAAGAGCGGCUUGACCAAAUGAUAAGAGAAAGGCAAGAGGCGAGGCGUGCAGAGCAAAGGAAGCGAAGAAUGGGAAGGACUGAAUUCAUUUUGAUAGUCGCUGUAGAGAUGGAAUCAUAUGAUCCCGUGCAAGAUUUCAAAGACUCCAUGGCCCAGAUGAUAACGUCAACCGGAAUUGUAGAUGCGAAAGGCCUUCGGCGACUAUUGGAUUGGUACCUCUCUGUGAAUUGUGAGGAUAGUAGGGGAGUUAUAUUGGAGGCAUUUUAUGAUGUUUGCUUUAACUUGUUUGUUAGGAAGUAA